GAGGAAAGGAAAGAAAGAAAUCAUUGCAUUUAAAUCACUGUAAGUUUUCACGCUGCAGACGUCCACACGCAUCGCGCGAGCAAUUUGCACCGCUACUUUCUCUUUCACGCGCUUCCACCUUCCGUGCAGCGCUCGAGGAUACAGGAGGAUGAUGCGGGUCUCCGGGAUUCUGUCAGGCGCUUUCCUUCUGCAUGUUCUCCUGACCGUGAGAUGUGUGCCUUUGCACGGAACACGAGGGCUGAGCAAGCGCAAAGAGCCGACGGGUUGGCCCCAGAAUCCUCAUCCCCACUAUGAGAAGAGAAAAGGCAGAGUCCCUCACCCUCAGGACACAUUCAAACCUCAAGCAUGGCCAAAGGGAGAACCACAGCUCUCCACCCAACUCAGGAACAGCUUCGGGGGUGCAGGUCCACUUCGCUGUGGGGUCCCAGACUACCCAGGUCAGAGAGAAAUUCAUCUCAGCAGACACCACCGGCAAAAACGCUUUGUGAUUUCUGGAGGACGCUGGCCAAAAACCGACCUCACUUACAAAAUCCAGCGGUUCCCAUGGCAGAUGAGUGAGGAUAAAGUCCGGCGGGUUCUACAGGAAGCUCUCAAGGUCUGGAGUGAUGUCACACAACUCACCUUUACUGAGGUCAAUAACCAAGAGGCCGACAUAGUCAUCGAUUUCACAAGGUACUGGCAUGGUGAUAAUUUGCCCUUUGAUGGCCCUGGUGGGAUCCUGGCUCAUGCUUUUUUCCCAAGGACUCAUCGGGAGGGAGACAUCCAUUUUGACUAUGAUGAGUCCUGGACAGUAGGAAAUGAACUUGGAACAGACCUUCUUCAGGUAGCAGCCCAUGAGUUUGGUCAUGUUCUGGGUCUACAGCACUCUCUGGAGCCUGGAGCCAUUAUGUCCCCAUUUUACAGCUUCUCCUAUCCUCUCCAGCUCAGUGAGGAUGACAAGAAAGGCAUUCAAUACCUCUAUGGUUCCCGGCCACAAGCCUCACCCCACAUCCCUACAGAAACCAAUGAGAUUAUCAGCAGUGCACCUGAUGCUUGUCACACAGACUUUGAUGCUGUGUCUAUAAUCCGUGGGGAAUUGUUCUUCUUCAAGGCCAGCUAUGCCUGGCGCAUCAGGGAGGGCCGCUUGCAGGCGGGAUACCCUGCCCUGGCCUCCCGACACUGGAGGGGCAUUCCAGAGAACGUAGACGCCGCCUAUGAAGACAAAAUGGGCAAUAUCUGGUUCUUUGAAGGUUCCAAGUACUGGGUGUUUGAUGCAGAGCACAAGAUAAAUGGACCAGACUCUCUGCAGACUCUAGGUCUUCCUAUCACACACAUUCAGGCAUCACUGCGCUUAAAGGAGCACCACGGCCACCAAACAUACUUCUUCAAGUCAGGAAGAUACUGGCGUUUAGAUUCCCAAGAGAAUAGAGUGGACACUACCGUCUCACGCAGCAUGCAGCAGGACUGGUGGGGUAUUCCUGAAGAGAUUGAUGCUGCCUUCCAGGAUGCCAAUGGUUAUGCUGUCUUUAUCAGCCGCCGACAGUACUGGAAGUUUGACCCAGUUCAGCGCAAGGUUCUGGAAGGUUACCCGCGCUAUGUUGGAGCAGACUUCUUUGGAUGUAGCAUGCCAUAAACUCUCAGGAAACUUAAUUGUCUCUUGCACCAUGCUGCCAUCCUCUCUGGUCUGAAGCAUUCAGUGUAAAUUUCUCUAACUGAUCGUUGGGUUGAUCAGCUGGCCUUAUACAAACUUGCAUGAACAUCUACUUUUUUUAUUCAUGAUGAUUGAUGACCCACUGUAUGAUGUAACAUACACUGUGAAAAUGUUUAAUCAUGCUAAAUUAAUCAGAAAAUUAGGUUACACCAAUGAAAAUAAUUUUUAUGGUUUGUAGGUGACUACUUUUUUCAUUGUAAGUUCUUGCUCCCAAGGCAUUUAUAAUCCUUCUAUCUUAAAAAUGUCUGAUUAAUCAAUUUUCUUCUCAGGAAAUCUUGCACAUCUGAGCUUUAUGAACCAAGAGCAGCUAUGUCUGUAUUUUUUAUUAUCAAACUUCCACCAUGUCAAGAGACAUCAAUACUCUGUUAAGUUGAAAAAAGGGUGCUAAAACUUUUGUAAUCAGGGAUUUUUGCAUUAGUUGCAAUGUCCGAAACUUAUAUUCGUAGCUUUUACAUUUCUCUGCAAGUUGUACUGUAAUUUAAAUACAGGCGUAAAUCAGUUGAUUGUAGCAUGUUAGUUGCAUCUGAUGCCCUUUCUCCCAUUUAUUUACUGUAUAGUUUGUAUUGAUUAGUAACACUAAGAAAAACUUAUUUAGAAAUCUCUCACAUCCAAUAGGGGAGAGAUGUUUUGUGUUUGGAUAUGUUCUUUUAGGAACACAAAUUUUUGACACUUGACACAACUUGUUUAUGAUGUUGAUUCACACUGUAUGUUUGACUAAUGUACACUCAAAAAAUAUUUUAGCCAAUUUUUAAAAUUUGCAUAUUUCAAUUUCAUAAUAAAUCUCCAUCAACUGAAUUUUGUAAUAUUUUACAAAAUUAAAUUAAUAAAACUUAAAAUAUAUAUUUUUUAAUUUUAUUUUAUUAAAAGAAUAUUCUGGGUUCAAUACAAUUAAGCUCAAUCAACAGCAUUUGUGGCAUAAAGUUGAUUACCACAAAAAUAGAUUGAGACUAGUACCUCCUUUUCUUUAAAAAAAAAGCACAAAUCUGGGAUCUAGUGAGGCAAUGGAAGUAAAUGGGGCCAAUAAGUCAACUUUUAAAUACUUAUUGUUUCAAAAGUUCUGUUCCAUGCACGUUUAGAGAGAAUCGUUGUACACACACACACACACACAAAAAGCCUAGUCGUUGUUCUGGCGGCCAUACGUAUCAUCAGUUAUUUCAGGUGGGCAUACGCAAAAUCCUAAGAAAGAUAGGUGGGCAUACGGUGUAUGCCUGCGUAUGCCCUAGGCUACACUACUGCUAUAAACCCUCCAUAAAUUGACCCCAUUCACUUCCAUUGUAAAUGCCUCACUGUAACCUUGAUCUUUGCUUUUUAUUUUUUACGAAAAGGAGGGAUGAGUCAAAAUAAUUUUUUGUGGUAAUCAACAUUAUGUCACAAAUGCUGUCGAUUGAGCUGAACUUACAUUAAAUCUCGAAUAUUCCUUUAAAUAUUACUCAAUUAAAUUUUGUUAUACAUUUUUUUUGAGUGUACAAACAGAAAAACUGUCACUUCUCAGUGCAGGACACUGAUAAUAUUUUAACCCUAAUUUAACUCUCUUUCAUUCUCAGUUUUAUGGUGCUUUAUUAACACAACACAUUUUUUUCGAUUUGUAUUGCCAAAGUAUUUUCAGCAUAAUAGAUAUAUUAAAAAUGUAAAUUAAUAACAUAUAAAUUAUAUGGAAGCCCUGAACUGCAAGGUGAAAUAAUUAUUUUCACAAGGUGAAAUUUUUUUUUAGGUGCCUUAAUGCCUUUCUGAGCCUAUGUCCUACUUUUUUUCCUCAGGCAAAAUUAUUGUUAUUAUUAUUAUUAUUAUUAUUAUUAUUAUUAUUAUUAUGUAUUUCUUUCACUGAAUUACAAAUCUCAAAUAUUUCAAAAAGAGAAAUAAAAAGUUUUACUGAAAAAUCAGGGAAAGAGAGAAAAAAAAAUUUGAAAAGAAAAUCAAAGAAAGAAAAUUUUGCCUGAGGAAAAAAAAAAUGUAGGACAUAGGCUCAGGAAGGCACUAAGACACCUAAAAAAAUUAUUUUUAUAUAGUGAUUUUUUUUUUCUCUUUAUCUUGUGGUUCAGGGCUUCCGUAAAAUUAAGAGGAUAAAAAAAGAAGAAAAGAAAAAUACACAGUGUAAUUAGUGUAAUUGAAAUAAAGAUAAAAGGAAUGACAUUAAGUUAUAAAAAUAAAACUACAAAUAAAUGGUAGAUAUAAUAGAAAAUAAUAGAAGAGCAAUUGUCAAAAUUGGACACAAGUUAAGUGAUGAAGACACAGACUCAAGUCAGAUCUUUCUCUCUCUCACACCACAUUUUUUAAUAAAUCAUAUGCAAUCAUUUCAAUUGAUAGACUUUGACUAUCUUUUUCUCACAACUUACAUGUUUAUUAGUCGCUAUAGUUAAAAAAAAGUUUUUUAUGCUACUUCAGUUUCUUCUGCUUUACAUAUUUACUGUGUAAAUACUUUUUCAUGAAAUGUGCGCUGUAUUUUGCUACAAUUAAAAUACUUUCAGACACA